CGCCACCACAUCUUCUAUAGGCAGCAAAGAUCGAGCUGAUUCGAACUUACUGCGAGAUCCAGUCUGUCAACUUGCAAGCUCGCGAGGAUGAAGUUUGCAUUGCUGUUCGUCGUGCUGUGGCUGACAACCAGUUUAAACCUGUUGCCGCUCGAUGGCUCAGCAGCGCCCGAGGAAACACACUCAAGUUGCAGCUCGUUUGGCUGCCCGUGCCUGCCUGGAACCCCCGGUAUCCCCGCCGUGCCCGCUCCCCCGGGACCGAUGGGGCCCAAGGGGGAUCCCGGGGCCCCAGGGGAGGUAGGCCUGAAGGGGCUGAAGGGAGACCAAGGCUCCGAUGGCGCACCAGGCCUGCCGGGUCGACCGGGCGAGGUGGGGGAGGCAGGCCUUGGGCCACCCGGGAAGCAAGGCCCGCCGGGAGUGUCCGGUCUGAAAGGGGAGAGGGGCAGCCCAGGACCCGCGGGGCUGGUUGGCCCAAAAGGUGACUGUGGUACCAGCACUACUCAAGUGGCCUUCACGGUGGCCAGAAUAACCAGAUACCAUUCUUCGGGAGGUCACCUGACCUUUGACAAGACAAUAUUUAACGUAGGGGCGAAUUUCGACCUGUCCGGUGGUACUUUCACGUGCAGCGUGCCCGGCGUCUACGCAUUCAUCUUUUCAGUCUUAAAGAUACCGCAGAUAAGCUCCAUUUAUGUGUCUUUGUAUAAAAACACUGAACAAACUGUUACAGUUCACGACAGUACUUCCGGGUAUCACCAACUAAGCAGCAGCUCCGUGAUGGCAUUGGUGCCGGAUGACCGCGUUUAUUUAACCUUGGUCGGUGAGGUUCACGGCACUACUGCCAAUUUCACCUCGUUCACGGGGUUUUUGUUGUACCCAAACUAGAAAGGGUUGUUGGGAAAAUUCUCCACCGGUUUUUGAUGAAUUUAAAUUUAAUGAGACAAAAAUUCUUGAUUCUGCGCUUGUAAAGAUACAAUAACUGAACACGUAAAAUCCAAAACGCGUUUAACCACUGAGACACUUUUUCGUAGAAGAGACAGAGUGAUUUAUAAACAGCAAUAGAAUCAAGAAUUUGGGCAUCUCGCCUGUUAACGGCUUUGCUUUAUAGGUGACUCGCUAUUUCAAUUUUGGGGGUUGAUAUCUUACACAAAAGCAGUGUCGAAAACGCUUCCUGGUAUUUGAUGAGCUUCCGCGCGUGCAGGGUGUUUGCUAGGAAGGAUACGCCCCUCCUGUGUUCAUAAAAAAACAGGCUACAUUUUUCAUGGCCUGCGACAAAAUGGCGCUUGACCACAAUACAAUCUACUCUGGAUCUUUGGUAGUUAUGAUGCCUUCCUUUCCUAACACAGUACCUGGAUAGCUGAGGCUUUUAUUACAUGUGUAUUACUCAACUUUAUGAUGUUAAAAUGAAAAGUACAAUAAGACAGGAAAUUAGUUUUAAAUAUUUGUAAUGGAGAACAGCAAAUUUUAAAAAUUUACAUUAAAACGAGUAUAAUUAAGAGGCAAAAAUUAAAGCUAUUAGCAAAACACUUGAUUACAAACAAGAAAUAUCAAGAUAUUUAAAUAUCAGUUUAAAGACGGUAUGUCAAGGCAUGCGAAAAAAAGUUCUGUCACGCUGUUUUUGUUUUCUCUUUGUAAUCUCGGGGAAUGGGGGGUACAUUUCCUUCACCCUUUCACCAGGGAUGGGCUAUUAAAUCUCCCCCACUUUCUCGUUGUGAGAACAAAAUUAAGGCGGAUGUGGAAGGUUUUUUCGUACUUCCCACGCAACAAUAAUCUAUUCGAUAUCUCUCAAAAAGGGAGAGUAAAAAAAAAAUCCGAAAUAUGCUGCUCCGAUGUAAG